AUGAGAAACAUGAUCAGUUUCAUAAAAGGAGGAAUCAAGAUUCGAACAAGCUACCAAAUCUACAAGGACUGUCAGAACGUGCUGAACAUCAGCCAGGACAAGGCGGAGCAGUUUAACUCCUUCAAACAGUUUGAGGGCGGAGUCAAGCUGGGCAUCGGCUCUUUUAACCUGAUGCUGUCUCUCCUUCCUCAGAAGAUUUUAAGGUUGUUGGAGUUUAUUGGCUUCUCAGGAAACAGGAGUUUUGGUUUGUCUCAGCUGAGGGAGGGAGCAGCCAGCCAAAGUUUGCGUUCGAUAAUCUGUGUGCUGACUCUGCUCUUCUAUAACACUUACGUGUCGCUGAUCCUGGGAACGGGGGAGGGGAACCUGAUGGAGGCUGAAGCUCUGCUAGAGCCGUACCAACAAAAAUACCCCAAAGGCUCCAUAAUCCUCUUCUACUCCGCUCGCAUCGCCACCCUACGAGGAAACUUUGAGAAGGUUUGUUCAUGUAGACUCUCACAGAGCUGUGCAAUGGAAACGUUUGUUUUUACAGCAUUUUGAUCCAUUUAUGGCAAA